AAGACGCUAGUAGCUAACUAGCAGCUAGCUAGUUACGCAGUAGCAGUUCUGCGUCGGGCAGCUAAUAAAAUAUCGGACCAAUGCCUUAAAAUCCCAUCUCCUGGUGACACGGACGUUGCCAGUCGAUGUCAACGGACGCUGUUCCUCACUCUGACCGCGGGAGGCCGAUGUUAGCGUCGGGCAGAUUUUUAUUCGCAGCGGCCCCGUUUCCCGUUUUUUGGCCAAGCUAGCUACGCAGUUAGCCCAGCUAGCUCCCGUUGGCCUGUUAGCGCGCCUGUGAUGGCAUAGCCGGAGAGCGACGGGAUAAAGGAAAGCCUAAACUGUGCAUGGCGACGGACUGGCACCAGUGGGAGUGAGCAGCCAAUCAGCCGAGGCCUCCAGUAGCAACAUGGCGUCCCGUCAGAGGAACUCGGUGCGCAUCCUGUCCAGCCGGGAGCGAGGCUCCCAGACGUUUGGCUCGCAGCGCCUCCUGCAGCUGCUGGUGGAGGAGAAAGUUCGCUGGAUGAAAUGGCAGAGCCAGAAAGUGGAGCUGCCGGACAGCCCCCGGUCAACGUUCCUGCUCGCAUUCAGCCCCGACAGGACGCUGAUGGCCUCCACACAUGUCAACCACAACAUUUACAUAACCGAGGUGAAGACUGGAAAGUGCCUACAUUCCUUAGUAGGCCACCGUAGAACCCCCUGGUGUGUGACCUUCCACCCCACAAUACCCGGCCUGGUGGCCUCCGGGUGCCUUGAUGGUGAAGUCCGCAUCUGGGACCUGCAUGGUGGUAGUGAGAGUUGGUUCACAGAGAGCAAUGUUGCCAUCGCGUCACUGGCCUUCCACCCGACUGCUCAGCUGCUCCUCAUCGCCACCAACAACGAGCUCCACUUCUGGGACUGGAGUCGACCCGAGCCGUUCGCCGUGGUCAAGACGGGCAGCGACACGGAGAGAGUGCGGUUGGUGAGGUUUGAUCCUCUGGGUCACAACCUGCUGACGGCCAUCGUGAAUCCUUCCAAUCAGCAGAACGAUGAGGACUCGGAGGUCCCGAUGGACAGCGUUGAGAUGCCUCACUUCCGUCAGCGUUCCUUCUUGCCGACCCAGCCGGUUCGCCGCACGCCCAUCCUCCACAACUUCCUCCACAUCUUGUCGUCUCGCUCCCCCGGGGCACAGGUGGGCGGCGAGCAGCCACCGCCGCGGCCGCUCGGGGAAAACGGAAGCGCUGUUCGGGAAUCUCCCAGUGUGCCCCUGGCGCAGUACCCCACCUCUGAGCGUGUGCCGCCCUUUCCCGGCUGCACUCAGCACUUGGGCAUGGUCUGCCUGUGCAGUCGCUGCUCAGCCAAUCGCAACCCUUCCCUGGCCAACAGCGGUUCCUCCGUGACCCUCACUGACUCCCGGGCGCCGUCAGACGCCCCCCAGCCUCCACCCACCUCCACUUUCUCCUCGGCCCGUACGGGGCCCAGACAGCCCUCGGAGCGACCCUCAGCCUUCACAUCAGUCUACUACAGCGCCGGCACUUCUCUUAAUACCACUGCACCGAGCGGUGUGGAGCCACACUCCGCCACCAGAACCGGACCUGACUGGACACGUAACCUGCUCAGCAUGAGGGAGGGCGGUGUCGGUCCGGCCAUGCUGCCUCCUCGAACAUCCUCCUCCUCCGUCAGCCUUCUGUCCGUGCUCCGUCAGCAGGACGGCUCCUCCCACUCUCCCGUUUAUACCUCCGCCACCGAAGGUCGGGGUUUCCCCCAGCAAGGAGAACCAGGGGGGGCCCGAGACUCUGCUGGAACCAGUAGCGGACACCACCCGUUCUGGGACGGCUCUCGCAGCAACACCGCCUCUUUCCGCAACGUGUUGCAGUGCAACCUGAGCCGCUACUUCAUGGAGUUUGACCGCAUGCAAGACCUGGAGCCUCCCUUAGGGGGCAGCAUUGCAGAUGGAAGCCAGGAGCAGAGUCAAGAGUUGCUGAAUAAUAACAUGGACCCAGACAGACCCGGGCCUUCCUCAUCUCCCUCCUCCUCCACCCCAACCAUCAUCCACUACCAGCCUCCCCUCCCUCCACCUCCUGCCUCCCACAGCCUGGAGAACAACGUUCCUCCUCUGGCCUCUCGAGGCCACCUGAACCGCUGCCGGGCCUGCCACAACCUACUGACCUUCAACCAUGACUCUCAGCGCUGGGAGCGUACCAAUCAGACCUCCUCCACUUCCGCCUCCACCCUGGAACCCUCUUCUUCCUCUUCCUCUUCCUACCCCGCUGCUUCUUCAGCUCCAUGGCAGCCUGAAGAGAGCAGGAGGCCACUGGAGGCUCAACCCCAGGAGAGGAGGGCACCUCCCGAGCCCAGUGAGCAGCCGCCGCCGCCUCCCCCUGGAGGUGGAGGAACAGGAACAGUGGCCUUCCCAAUAGCCCCCUCUUCUGGUCAGCCUGGAGAGCAGACGGUGGGCUUGGUUUACAACCAGGAGACGGCGCAGUGGGAGAGGGUUUACCGACAGGCUGCUGCCGGACGAUCGGCGGAGCCACCGGAGGCCUUAAGCCAAGAAAUGCCUGUUGACCCCCCUGAUGAGGACUACCUGAGGAGACGAUUGUUGGAAUCAUCUCUUUUAUCACUGUCUCGUUACGACAUGUCAGGAUCAAGAGACCACCCCAUUUACCCCGAUCCGGCCAGGCUGUCUCCAGCUGCUUACUACGCCCAGAGGAUGAUCCAGUAUCUCUCCAGACGGGACAGCAUUCGCCAGCGCUCACUCCGCUACCAGCAGAACCGCCUGCGGGCCAUGUCGUCCUCCUCCGAUAGUCCUGCCGGCAACCCGUCCAGCACCAUGGACAACAGUGACGUGGACUUUGAGGAGCUGGACGAUACUGGAGACCGGGCGAGACACAGGACGCCACGCAACGCCAGGAUGUCGGCGCCGUCACUGGGUCGCUUUGUCCCACGGCGUUUCCUCCUCCCUGAGUUACCCUACGCUGGAAUCUUCCACGAGCGAGGGCAGCCCGGUCUGGCCACACACUCCUCAGUCAACAGAGUCCUUGCUGGUGCGUCGAUCGGGGACGGUCAGUCUGCCGUCGCCAGCAACAUCGCCAACACAACCUACCGCCUGCAGUGGUGGGACUUCACCAAAUUUGACCUUCCUGAGAUCAGCAACGCCUCAAUCAAUGUUCUGGUGCCAAACUGUAAGAUCUACAACGACGCCAGCUGCGACAUCUCCGCUGACGGUCAGCUGCUGGCGGUCUUCAUUCCCAGCAGUCAGCGGGGUUUCCCAGACGAGGGCAUCCUCGCCAUCUACUCUCUGGCUCCUCACAACCUGGGAGAGAUGCUCUACACCAAGAGAUUUGGUCCAAACGCCAUCUCUGUCAGCCUGUCUCCCAUGGGCUGCUACGUGAUGGUGGGUCUGGCCUCUCGCAGGAUCCUGCUGCAUCCCAACACCGACCACAUGGUGGCACAAGUCUUCCGCCUCCAGCAGCCGCACGGGGGAGAGACCUCCAUUAGGAUGGUGUUCAACGUCGUUUACCCCAUGGCUCCAGACCAGCGGCGCCACGUCAGCAUCAACUCGGCUCGCUGGCUGCCGGAUCCAGGGAUGGGUCUGGCGUAUGGAACCAACAAGGGAGACCUGGUGAUCUGCCGGCCUGUGUUCUAUCGCAGCGAUGGCGAGAGCCCUGCGGAGUCGAACAUCGAGCCUUUAUUCUCCGUGAACAACAGUGGAACCAGCCGGACCCGAGGAGUCGACAGACCAGGGCCCAAUCGCUCCGGCUGGAGGUUGGACCGAGACAUGGGACUGAUGAACGCCAUUGGUCUUCAGCCUCGACACCCCUCUCCCUCGGUGACAUCACAGGGAACCCAGACGCCGAUUGUCCAGCUGCAGAACGCCGAGACACAAACAGAGAGGGACCUACCGGGGCCCAGCGUCUCCCAGCCUCCUCUGAAUGUUCCUCCAGAGACUCCGUCCACGAGUGGAGCAGCUCAGGAGCAGCAGGAGGCGUCUCAGAGCAGCAGAGCUCAGGACGGCGUCCGGGACGAGGCUUCAGCAGAUGCCAACGCGUCGACAGCUGCUGGAGAGUCUCCAGAGUUUGGCUCAGGUGAAGACGCUCUGGCCAGAAUCCGCCGGCUGAUCGCAGAGGGCGGUAUGACGGCCGUAGUGCAGCGGGAGCAGAGCACCACCAUGGCCUCCAUGGGCGGCUUCGGGAACAACAUCAUCGUCAGCCACCGCAUCCACCGUGGCUCCCAGACCGGCACCGCGGCGUCCAGACCUGCAGCCAACCCCCCCUCCAUGAUGCCCUCCUCCUCCUCCUCCUCCCCCUCCCCUGGACCUCUCCUCAACACACAGCCUCAGACCCAGUCCUACCCCUCUCCCCACGCCCCCACUCCUUCUGAACCACUGGCCCCCCUGUGGGGCUCCCAGGUGCUGCCGGGCCCCCAGCUCCCUGGACCUCCUGUGACUGUGGACACUGAUGACGUAUUUGACGGAGGACAGACGGAUGGCGACUCCCUGCCGGGUCCCUCCUCUUCCUCACUGCUGCUGUCUUCCUCCUCGUCCUCCUCUCCUCUUCCUCCUCUCACAUCCUCCUCUCUGUCGGCAGCAGGAGCAGCAGCAGCAGCGGGGGAGGAGGAGGGGGAGACCGCGACCGUCCCCCCGGGGAGCCACACGGCAGGUAGUUCUCCCAUUGGCCAAGAGAAGCAGAGUGUUGGCUGAUGGGAUUUUAGUUUAGGGCGCUCCUCAAGCCUUAUCUUACAAAGAAAUGGGUGCUGCUUUGACUCUGCACAGGGUCUCCCGCCUGGAAAGAAAAAAUAAAUAAAAGAAGGGACACAUGAACCUCCCCCCACCCCACCUCACCCCCUCCUCACCUGUUAACCUCGAGUGUCAUUGGCGUGCACAUCAUCUGCACUUAAAAAAAAAACUGGACUGAAACUGAACUCGACCAUUCCUCGUCAGAAAGGGCUUGACUGGAACAGAGGCUGCUCAGCGCUGAGCUCGCACGGACGGACAAUAAGGUCCCUGUGUCAAAGUGCCAUGUCUGGGGGUGGGGCAGGGGGGCAGGGGGGCGGGGGUAGGUUUAUCUUUCUGACACACAUUUACUCCAACGUGCUGCAUAGUUGUAUAAAUAGUGCGUGAUUGAAGUGUUGACAGUGAAUUUAGCACUACUUUAUUUUGUAACGUGUGUGUGUGUAAUUAUGCCGUUGAAGAGAAGAAAUCAUGUCGUUGGGCGGCUGGACCUGUGCAGCUCCUCCAGGACGUAAACCCCGCCCCCGCGUCCCACCACGCGGACCAGGUCCGAUCAGUGACUGAAAAGACUGAACCUGAAUCUACUGCAUGUCUUUUCAAACACGCUGCAGUUCAUCAAACACGUGUGGAGAUUAUUUUUAAAAAGGCUGAAGAGGAGAAGAACCAAACACCCCCAACCAGUUGCACUAUGGUGUGUGUGUGUGUGUGCGCGUGUGCACGUGUGUACUUGUACAUGUCACCUCUUCAGGACUUUUUCUGACAUAAACACUGACCUUGUCAGGACCAGUAGUCCUUGUGGAGGCCAAAACCUGGUCUUAAUGAGGCAGAACCUAAUUUUUGAGGAACUGUUUAAGUUUAGUUUUGAGCAUUAAGUGGUUAUGGUUAGAGAUAACUGUGUGUGUGUGUGUGUGUGUGUGUGUGUGUGUGUGUGUGUGUGUGUGAGAGAGGGGACAGUCAUGGGACAUGUGUCUCUUCCCGCUGAUCCUGAAUCAACCUCGUGUUUACUCAUCUGAUCACGUUGGCCCCCCCCCCCGUUGCUUCCGUUUUAAACCUGAAGCCUCGACCUUUGACCCCUGCAGGUCUGAAGUGACGUCUGUAAAGUAUAAAGAUUUACAGCAAUGUUGACGAGAAUCUAUGGUCAGUUCUCAUGAUGAUGAUGAUGAUGCCUGUGUGAGUCAGUGAAACCAUCAGGCCUGUGAUUGGUCUCACUCUCUGCUAAGCCCCGCCCCUUGCUCCCCUGUCUCGCUGAGAAGAAAACUUGACAUUUUUUGAUCAAGCUCGACUUUUCCUCUUCAGCCUUAAACGAUGCAACUGUACAGACGCCAACACUCUUUUCCUUUUUUUAGUUUGUUUUUUAUCGUUAUUCCACAUGUGCAUAGUCGUCCUCACACACAGCUGCGUAGAGGUUCAUGUGUUGGUUGUGUUUCAGUUGUGUGUGUGAGUGGGUGGGGGGUGCAGUAACGGACCUAUGAAGAUGAUGAUGGCGAAGACGAGAGGGAGAAAAGAGGAGAGAGCCCCGACUGGAGCUGUGCAGAGACACUGCGAUUCGAGAUGAGAUGUUUACUUAGUAUUUUUUAUUUAACUUUUAUUGCCUGCAGGUGAGAUCGGGGAUCUCGUUGCCGGGGGCGACCUGUCAAGGACGCAGCUGCAUGUGAGGGACACAGGAACACAGCAGGUGACACAGAACCAACUGAUCUGAAUCUGAAUGCUCCUCCUGGCUUUACUUGAUUAAUGAACCUUUUAAAAACA